AGCAGGCGUCACCACGUCACACGCAGUAUGGCAGCUCCCAUGAGCGGUGUGGGUGAAGCCUCAGCUGAGCGUUCAUCGUUCAACGCUACGAGUUUUCAGAAGAAAACAAGGAGCAGGUUGAUCUCCAUACCUGGCACCAGACCGUCGGUUCAAAAUGGACAACUCUUAGUGUCGACCGGCGUCACGUCACUCGACUAUCUGCUCGGUGGUGGGUUAGCAGUUGGAACAGUACUUCUCAUAGAGGAGGACCGAUAUGAUAGCUACUCUCGUAUGAUCUUGAAGUACUUCCUUGCAGAAGGAGUGGUGUGUCGACAUGAGCUUUUUGUGGCUGCGGCUCAAGAUAACCCAGACGACAUUUUACAGGAACUACCGGCUCCCAUCUUGGACGAUGUUGCUAUCCACAAACCAGUGGAGCAGCCCAGACUGUCUUGUGAACCUCAGGACAGUAUGGAUGCCAUGAAGAUCGCCUGGCGCUAUCAGAAUCUUCCAAAAGUACAGAGUGCUCUGGCAUCCUCAUCCCGGUUCGGGCACUACUAUGAUGUCUCCAAGACGAUGGAGCCGGAAAUUCGCCAGGCAGCCAAGUGCCACCGCUUCUACCUUCCAGAACAUCCCACCCAGUCAUCACCCACACACAGUACCAUGCUUGAGUCCUACUCUGCGUUGCUGAAGUCACUUCAGGAGGUCAUACACAGGGAGGGCUUUGAUGUAGCAGCCCCAAUGACAAAGUCACGCAACAUCCUGCGAAUUGGGCUCCACUCUCUUGGCUCAGCUCUGUGGGGCGAUGACUUGUGUUGCCAUGACAACCCUAAGAACGUCCAUGCCCUCACUUCCUUUCUCUACGGACUGCGUGCUUUGCUAAGGUCAUCGCUGUCUGUUGCAGUAGUUACUGUGCCUUCACACCUCAUCCAGGACAGAGCUCUAAUGGGCAGCAUAACCAGGCUAUGUGACAAUGCCAUAGCCCUGGAAUCAUUCAAAGGCUCAGAGAGAGAGACCAACCCUCUCUACAAAGAUUACCAUGGCCUUCUGCACGUACGCCAAGUUCCUCACCUGAACUGUCUGGCAAGUAAACUUCCUGAUCACAAGGACCUGGCCUUCAAGCUAAAGAGAAAACAGUUCAGUAUUGAGAGACUACAUUUGCCUCCAGACUUGUCUGAGACGGUGAGUCGUGUGAGCAGGGGGGAGCUGGCAGGAGCGGCCACGAUGGCUUCAGGCUGCAGCUCUGGCACUUCCGGCAACAAACACCUGGACUUCUAGAGCUCCCACACAGUCGCCACAGGCAAGCAACACCUGGAACACUGCAGCGUUGUCCUCUUUACUGUGGUGACCAGGUUGUCCCUCGCCCACGUAAUGUCAAGCACGAUAACCCUGCCAGCCGUUACCACCUGCCAACUGUCCCAGCCAGGAGUGAAGAUCUAAACAUCCACAGUACCUUGUCUCAUAAUGGACACAUUUCAUCCUAUAAGUUCUUUUUUUAUAUAUAUAGAAACCUCAUACAACUCAUUACAAACAAAGACUUUGUAUUUUUGGUGACUCUGGCAGCUGAUAUUGGCACUUUCUAAGUCAUGUUAUUGACAGUUUGAUUCUCUUCACUGUAAGUUGCAAAAAUGUGAGCCCAGUGGUAUUUUUGAUUUAUUAUACAAAGUUAUAUGAUUGGCAGACUGUCUAAUACUUAACCCAAUAAAAUCCAAGAUGCUAGUAAUAUUUAAGAUUUGGUACACUUUCUUUGCUUUUUGUUUUUCUCUGCACCCGGGGAUUUUGAUCACAAGUAAAGUGUAAUCAUAAAAUGUCUCCACAGACUUUCAGUCUUGGCAAACAUUAAAUAAUUUAAAUGCAUUCUCCAAAGCUCCAGGCCCACUUUAGCAAAACAAGUGGCCACUACAGCCUAGCUACACAAAGUACAACAGUAGUUUAUUUUCUUGGAUAAUGCAAUGAAAUGUGCUGUUAAGUUAAAUAAAAA